ACGCGACUACGGAGCGGCAACAAGGCAAAUAAAAAUAUUAUUUAACUUAACAUCAGUUUGAGUGAAGCCGUCUUAGGUGGAAGGUUACAAUGUCGAGUAAAUUUGAAGUUGGCGAUCUUGUGUGGGCUAAAAUGAAGGGAUACCCACCGUGGCCCGCUCAAGUUGUGAAUCCACCCCCAAAGAAAGGCAGCAAGAAAAAUUGUCAAUGGAUCUAUUUUUUCGGAUCUGAAAACUAUGCUUGGAUUGAAGUUGAUCAGAUCAAAUCAUAUCAUGCAUUCAAAGAUAAGCUCUCAACUGGAUCCAAGACUGGUGGAUUCAAACAGGCUUUGGAAAAAAUUGAAGAAUUCAUUGAAAAGAAAAAGGCCGAUCCGAAUUAUGAAAUUGAGAUGCCAGCUAUUGUUGAAGAUAGAGAUGAAGAUGAAACGCCCAAAAAACCCAAAAAGGCUGUCAAAAGAAUGUCCAAAGAUGCUGCAAUGAGUAGUCCAAGCACUGUGGCUAAAAAACCUAGAAGAUCUUCUCCAAAAUUCGAAGAAAAUGGAUCUCAUAGUCUUAGUGAAGAGCUUGUUGAUAUACCAACUAAUACAGAGUUUAGGGACACAUCUUCCCCCACCACCGAUCUAAACAGUACCGCAGACUCGUCAAAGGAGAAGCUGCAGACUCCCUCAAAUCUGGCCUUCGGUUUCAUGGGUCUAGGUGUGAUGGGCACCGGCAUGGUCCAGAACCUCAUAAACUCCGGCCAUCGGGUCAAUCUGUGGAACAGGACCAUAGAGAAGUGUGAAGAGAUAAAGAAGAAAUAUCAAUCAAGGCUCGUCACAGUGUACGAUACACCCUGUGAAGUAGUUCUCAAUUCCGAUGUUAUAUUCUCUUGUGUUGCGGAUUCAAGUGCAGCUGGAGAGAUACUUUACGGGAACUUGGGAGUUUUAUCUUGCGACAACGCUUUAGAAGGAAAAGGCUACGUAGAAAUGACAGGCAUUGACCCCGAAACCUCCAUGGACUUCUGCAAAUCCAUCCAAACCAAGGGUGGCUUCUACCUCGAGGCUCAACUUCAAGGCAGCAAGAAAGAGGCAGAAGAAAGCAAUUUGGUCAUAUUGACGGCAGGCGACCAUGCCCUCUUCGAGAAAUGCCAGAGUUGCUUCAAGGCUAUGGGCAAAACGGCCUUCUACCUCGGUAACGUUGGCUACGCCGCCAAAAUGAACAUGGUGCUCAACAUGAUCAACAGCAUCGCCAUGGUUGGUCUGAGCGAGGCGUUCAGUUUGGCAGACAGGUCAGGGAUAUCCACAAAAAUAGUCUUAGAAAUUUUCAACGUGACGAACAUGGCCAGUCCGUACCUGCAGCGCAAAGCGGAAAGGAUUGUUAGUCGCGAUUUUCAAAAUCCCGAUCAUCCCUUACAACACAUGCAAAAAGAUAUAAAGUUAUGCUUAGACCUUUCGAACAACAUCAAACAGCCACUCUUGAUGGCAUCGACAACCAACGAAAUACUUAAGCAUGCAAGACGUCUUGGUUACGACGGACAAGAUUGUUCGUGUGUUUUUAUGAAGUCUAAAUAUUAACGAAACUAUUGAAAUUUAGUUUUCUAACCUAAAUAUAGUUUUUAUAGAGCGAUUGUAUGAAAGAAUAUGUGAAUUUAUUCUUUUGGGAAGUUUUUGUAAUAUUGACGUUACAUAUUGAUUUUUACAUGGAUAAUGUUUUAAUUUUGAUUUUGUGUUAUUGAAAGAUACAGAUAUGUUAAGAGUUAGCAAAGAGAAUGUUCAAUAUAUGUAUAAUAUUUCCUUAUAAGUCGAACAAGUAUCUGUUACGAGAUCAGAAGCUGUCAUUGUAAUUUUUUGUGUUACACAUAGAUAUAAUUUUUUUUUUAAUUCAUAAAAUUUUUUCUUAUCUUUACCAAAUAUGCACUUAUAGUAAUUGGUACCUCGACAAAAUUUUUGUAUGUACAAAAAUGUUUCAAAGUUUACAGAUAUUAUCGAGAAAAUUUGGUUCAUCCACUUUUAAUGUAAUUUGGUACUCAAUAUUUUUCAGAUAGCAAAUAAUAAAUAUAAAAUUAUACA